ACUUGCUUUUUUUACACAUAAUUAACUUAUCUCGAAGCUGGCCAAAAAUUUAUUAUGCUCACGAAUUUUACGAUUGCACACUUCAUUCUUUCUUUUCUUAUUCAAUGUUAAAGGCGGAGUAUGAAAGAUUAUAAAUUGCUUUUGAAUCAAUAUUUAGAUUUGUCAUGAAAAUGGUUCCCUACGCUCUUGUCUUCGGUAUAACCCUCUUCGCUGCAUCAGUUAUUGCUCUCUUUACAAUUCAAGCUAAAACUGGUGGCAAUGGCUGCUUGUGCCAGGAUUACACUUGUGGCUGUUGCGUUCACAUGGAUGUAGAUUUGAUCGAAUUGAAUAGCACACUGUGUUCAAAUUUCACCUAUUUGCGACACGAUUACGGCCUGUCAUUUACCAUAACAUUGAACCAGCACACUCUAUUCAACGAAACCGUUUCAGCGAGGAAUCCACCGCCCUACUGCGUUGGCCCUCCAUUUGUAAAAGAGUAUGCUGAAAUUUGUGUGCGAUUCUAUAACCUGAACACAACCAGGCACAGUUUCUAUGGCUGCUUAGAGGCAGACGCUAAGCUGAAGCACAUUCGAAUUGCGCGAUACGACAUAGGCUGCUUCUCAAUUGGACCUAAAUUAAAAUAUGAUGACGAGGAUAAUAUUUCGGUUGUGAAGAUUUAAAAAUGAAUGUAAAACUUUUAGCAUUUUUCUGUGAAAUAUAUUUUAUUAAAAUUUUAUUAAAGAAAACUGUCCAUUUAUUAAAAAUAAAUUAAAAUUUCUCGACCAA